AUGGCCGACAACGCAACAGCCGCAGCCAUGGCCAACACCGGCCAGCAGCCGCCGGGCUCUCCGGCUCCUGCUGCCCUCGACGACAUCACCCCAGCGCCAGCCCCCGAUGCUUCCCAAACCUCCACAGCCAACCUCACCUCCCCAAACAACAACGACGACCUCGAGAAACAAACCCACAUCAUCUCCACCACCCCCACCAACCCAACGCUCCUGAUCAACCCAGACGUAAACCACUACCGCAUAGCCGCCCUCUCCCUCGCCUCCCUAACUGCAGGCCUAACCGACGCCUCUGUCGGCCCCCUGAUCGAACCAAUGAAGCACUUCCACUCCCUCCCCGACGACAAACUCAUCUCCCUCCUCUGGGUCGCCCAAGCAGUAGGCUUCAUCCUCGGCGUAGCCCUCAUCUCCCCCCUCCGCUCUCUCAAACCCUUCCUCAACCACGACAAUAUCACCCUCCUAUCGACCAACAUCCUAGUCUUCCUCUCCUACCUCCCCUUCUCCUGCUCAGCUCCCCUCCCCGCAAUAGUAAUAACCUUCCUCCCUCUCGGUUUCGGAAACAGCUUCAACCUCGCCAUCGGCAACGUCUACUGCGGCUCACUUCGGAGGAAAGCAACCUUUUACCUGGGGGUAACGCACGCCUGCUACGGCCUAGGCGCCACAAUCGGACCGCUCAUCGCCACGAGAAUGAUUGUGCAGACGGGGUUGGAUUACGGCCAGUUUUACAGCAUUCCGCUGUGUCUGAGUCUCAUCAACUCGAUGUUGUUGUUUUGGGCUUUUAGGGAGCACCCCGUUGUUGCGCCUCCCGCGGCGGGCACAAUGGAGGAAGGCAAUGCCGAGGCAGUGGCGACGGAAGCGAGGAGACCGAACCCAGGAGAAUGGCUCAGAUCCUACCUCCCAGCCGACACCAAGCUCGUUGUUUUCGCCGCCUUGUUCAUCUUCUGCUACCAGGGUGCCGAGGUCUCAAACGCAGGUUGGAUAACUGAGUAUCUCCACCACCGCCACCCCGCCUCGCAGGAAAAGAUGGACACAUACGGGUACACCAUGACCGGGUUCUGGGGCGGCGUGACGCUGGGACGGGUGGUGUUGACACCGCUGGGGGAGCUCUGGCCCGGGGGAAACAAGGUGUUUGUGUAUUUUCUGAUCCUGCUCUGCACAGGCUUUCAGCUGUUGAUAUGGUUGUUAAAGGGCGGCAUUGUUGCAAGCGGUUUGUCGGUAGCAUUCGUUGGGUUCUUCAUAGGCCCCGGAUAUCCCUGCGCGAUGAGGGUUGUGAUGAAAAUGCUCGACGAGAAUGAGAUACGGAGGCCACCGUUUGGUAGGGUGGAUAAGGAAGCCAAGGCGGCCGCGAUGGGCGUCAUUUCUGCGUUUGGCAUGACCGGUGGGGCGGUCGUGCCUUUUGUCAUCGGAAACCUGAACAGGCCUGUUGGGAGAUGGGUGCUGCAUCCGAUUGUGCUGGGCUUGUACGCGCUGAUGCUCCUUCUGUGGUUCUUCCUGCCAGUAGCAAGAUGGAAUAAGUCGGCCUGGAAGCAGCGACCAAUACACCGUUUUGUUGAUGCCGUCUUGACAUUCUGGCAGUCGCUGUAA